UUAUCACAGCGAGGCCCCUCUUGGGGCGGAAUACUCCACAGCCUUGAACCACCACAAGACCAAGAUCGACCGUUGGAUGGUGUGCAAGAAGCUUGCCUUCUCCGAUAUUUUGUCGAAGAACUAUCACAUUGGUUUGAUCUAGUUGACCCCCAACGACUCUUCCAACUUCUCGUCCCCGAACGUGCUCGAAAAUACCCACCCCUUCUGAACGCAAUCUUUGCCGUUUCAACACGACGCAUGUGUCGCGUCGCCACCUUCAAGACAUCCCAGGGAAUAGUGUACCGUGGCCAGCACCUACCGAAUCUCACUCCAGGCGCCGCCGUCGAGUACAUGCUAAAGUGCAUCCCCGUGCUCAAAGAGUUCCACACAACUAGGGACGGAGAGGCACGCGAGCUGAUUGUCACGACGGCUGUGGUAUUACGCCAGUUUGAAGAGAUGGACGAUGAAGAAGACGACGAUAGCACCGCUGACGCACCUAUGGACGAACGGGUCAACUUUCUGGCUAUCCUCAAUGCUGUUCUUCGAAGUUUGACCUCGGAUGACUUGGUUCAUCACCGAGAGCUCUUAAACGCGUCAUAUUGGAUAGCUUUGAGACAGGAGGUCUACUACGCGCUUAGAAGAGGGUACUCACCACAAAUGGUUGAGCCGCCUGCCGAGUGGGCAGAUAUCUCGCCAGCGAAUAAGCUCAUCUUCCAUACCAGUCAAGUCACGAAGUGGCUAUUUGAGGACAAGUCUGAAACUGGUUGGCGUGAACUGAAGGAACAGGAGAGAUAUCUUGAACAAUACGUUGUGGGCCGAUUUGCCCCUAUCCUUUCCCGACCCCCGGAUAGAACGAAAGGGGAAGUGUUCCCGACGAUAUGGUACGCGUCAAAUAUUGCCCUCACGGGUAUGCAGCAUAUGAUGAUGGCCAAGAUGAUUCUGGUUGCUGAAUCGCCAUUCCUUGGACGAGGUGAUGCGGAUGCCCGUGCAGCUUACCGAAGAGCCGAAAAUGAUGUGAGGUCCCUGGUACUUGACGUCUGCAGUACCGCCGUCCAACACCCAGAAAUACCACCAGCUCUAGUGAACGCGACCCUGGCAAUUCAACUA